AUGGGAGAGGACGGUCGUCCUGGGGCUCCCGGGGGCCCUGGCGUCGCCCUGGGGGUCACCCCCCCCUCGCACGUGAGAGCAGCCGGCGGAGGCCGUUCCGACAAGGGGCUGCGCCGGUGGCCUCGAGGGGGGACAGGAGGGCGCCCCAGACCCCGGGGCGCGCCCCUGGCCCUCCUGGAGGACAGGGCGGAGGAUGGAGGAUGGAGGACGGUGCACCCACCGCAGCCACCUCCCGGUGACACCACUGGCAAACCUGCCUGCCGCCUGCAGCCAGCCAAGCGGACGCGGCACCUGCUCCUGUGCCCGCCCAGGGUGGUGGCCGCCCGCGCCCGCUCCGUGCCCGCAUUUUCUCACCUAGAGAAGAGGGGUCCCGACUGCGGCCGGCGCCGGGGAAGACGGGGCCGCGGGGUCGGGUCGGGCCUGGAACCUGGGGCUACGGUGCCAAGUGCCCAGGACGCCGAGGGCGCAGUGGGGGCUGCGGGGCUGGGCCAGAGGGGGGCACACAGUGGGGUGCGCGGCCGGAUCCUGAAGCCCAGGGAAGGCCCCCGAAGGCGGCGACCCCCGGCGGGGCAGACCCCACGGGCGAGGCGGACCCGGGGUCAGCGGGGCGAGGGCCGGGGGCCAGACCCGGUGCGCACAGCGGCAGCCCUGCCCGUCCUGAGCGCGGAAGGGACGCGGCCAGGCUCGCACCUGCCCAGCAGGGCGCAGAAGGAAGAGCGAGGGGCACCCCUGAGCCCAGGGCGCGACGGGCAGGUGCAGGGCCCGGAGCAGGGGACAGAGGAGCGUGUGCCCUGCACCCCGGGCCCUGAUGGGCUGCCGGGCGGCGCUUUCCUCACCUGCCAAGUCCCACCACGGCCCGCCCCACCCGACGCAACAGCGGGUGGGCUGUGCGAGCGCGGGGUGCCCGCCCCGAGGACAGCGGGGGCCCCCAGCCCCGGGGAGCCGACACAGGCCCGCGCCGCCGGCCUCUCUCCGCCCACGGAGGUGCCAGCCUUCCAGCCCCGCCCUGGCCCGGGCCCUGCUCCACUGCAGCCGCUCGGCUUCCCGCAGGCCUCGGGGAGUCAGGCCGAGCUGCCCUCACGCCGGCGGUGGAGAAAUGGGAAGGGAGCGCUGAGCGAGGGGAGGAGGGGCGGGAGCCGAGCGGAGAGCACAGCCUGGGGAGGCGGGAGGACGGGGGACGCGGAGGACGGGGACGCAGAGGACUGGGUGCUCAUGCAGCCCGCGGCACCUGCACAUCACCCCUUGUUGCAGCGGACAGAGGACGUCAUCCCAGUGUCCCGGGAGACGCUGAGGCCCAGCAACAGGGAAGCUGGUUGGGGCCACAUGCUGGGCCGUGGGGUGUGGAGACCAGGAGCCCGGCCCUGCUCAGCCAGAGCCGAGGCCGCCCACCGUGUCGCGCAGCUCCAGGGCUGGGCAGCAGUGACCCCCCCACCCCCCGCCGCGGUGGCCCACGUGUCCGAGGCCGAGCAGGAGUUCCGACACGAGCGGCCUCGAGGCUCCUGCGGCGUCACGCCCCCACCGCGUGAUCUUUCUCUAAGGAAACCUCCUCGCGCGCCGUCUCCGCUCACGGCCCUUACCCCGGCCGUGCUGAGCGUUGGCGCCCACCUGCUGGCUCGGCUGCGGGGCGGGGCCCUGGCACCUGGGCCGGAGACCCCUGGCCCCCCGGCGGGCGGCCGGGCACGGGGACCCUGUGUGCCCCACACCCCGCAGGGCAAGCGCAGGGCCCGAGGAGCCGAGGCGGUGCAGGCCGACGCUGGGGAGCUUCUCGACUCGGGGCCUCAGUGUCCUCUCCUGGGAGAUGGGGACGCCGCCAACCGUCCGGCUCUGGCCCACCGGCUCCUCUUUGGACGUUUAUCCCUGAACCUUCGGUCGCCGCCUUCCUGGGCGCCGGGGACCCGAACUGAUACUCAGGGCGCGUUGCUCUCACUCAAACCUCGGCGGUCUCUGCCCGACUCGACGGGGGCAGGGGCUGAGGCUGGGGGUGUCGGGCCCUGUGCCCUCCGGUCCCGGAGCUGGCGAGUGGCAGGGCCAGGCCGUCGCCUGUGGGACACUGACGCGUCACCGGCCCCGUGCCCGCCCCGGCCUCUAGCAGGGGCCCGUGGGACACUAGCAACCCCGGUGCAGGGAGGAGCCCGGACGCGCGUUUGCACACCUCUGCCCCCGCCCUCCGGCUCCCGUCCUGCGGCGACGACACGCCUGGGGGAGUCGGACCGGAGAGGGAGCCAGUGCGUGGAGCCCCCCAGGCCUGGCCACACCCGCGAGCCCCCCGGCCGGCGGCCAGCCGCUCCGAGGGGGACGAGCCCAGCCAAGACCAGCCGCUCCAGCCCGGGCGGCACAACGGCACGGCCCACACCGGGGGGCCUGGAAAGGAACCGACACCUCUUCCCUGAAGCCACCGAGUUUGGGGAGCCGGGGGCCUCCUUCGGGGUCAAAGCCUGUAGGGAGCAGCCGUGCCGACAGGUGGAGGGUGCAGCCCCCCGACAAGCCCCCGCCAGCGAGCAGCUGAGAGUGGGUCGCAGCCGUGGAGCCGCAGCCCUGACGCCAGGGCCAGCGCCGGGGGAGGCCACUGUCCAGGCCAACGCCGGGCCGCAGGGACGCUGCUCCAGUCCCCCUGUCGUCCUGCGAGAGGCCGUGGAGACUGGAAGGGAGCCGGGCCGCGGCGACGGCGACGCCGGGCCCUGGUUUCUCCUGCCCCCUAAGGAGGCUUCCAAGUUUGUCGUCCACGUCGCUGACGUGAUUCUCCGUGAAGCCGACUGCGCCGUCGAGGCCUCCAGGACGCUGUAA